AUCUGCUGGAACUUAUGGCCACUAUCAAAGAGAUCGAUGGCCGUAGUGUCCAUCAAAUCCAAUCGGGACAGGUCAUUGUUGACCUGUGCUCUGUAGUCAAAGAACUUGUUGAGAAUAGCAUUGAUUCUGGGGCAACAAUCAUAGAUGUUCGUUUCAAAAAUCAAGGUCUCGAUUCUAUCGAAGUUCAAGAUAAUGGAUCUGGAAUCGCACCCGCCAACUACAGCUCCGUCGCUCUCAAACACUACACGUCAAAGCUUUCUUCGUACUCUGAUAUAGCGUCGCUGCAAACGUUUGGCUUUCGCGGUGAAGCAUUGGCAUCCUUAUGCGCCUUAUCCAUCCUUACUGUGACAACUUGCCUGGAACAAGAUGCUCCUAAAGGCUCCAGACUAACAUUUCGGCAAUCUGGAGAGCUGGAGAGCACCAGCGUUGUUGCAGCCCAGAGAGGAACCACAGUCAGCGUGGAAAAUUUAUUUCACAACCUGCCUGUCCGACGCCGAGAGCUUGACCGUAAUAUUAAAAGGGAAUGGCACAAAGUUAUUGCUCUACUUAACCAGUAUGCGUGCAUUCAAACGAACGUGAAAUUCUCCGUAUCCCAGCAACCUACAAAAGGGAAACGAAUAUUGCUCUUUUCCACCAAAGGCAACCCGAGCACUCGUGAUAACAUCAUCAAUAUUUUCGGCGCAAAAACGCUAGCGGCCUUAAUUCCUCUUGAGCUUGACCUGGAGAUCAAGCCUUCGGGAACUCGCCGUGACGCGCGAUCUAACGAAAAAUUAACGUCAAAUGGCCAUGGCGUUCGUAUUGUUGGCCAUGUCUCGAAGCCCGUUCACGGAGAAGGCAGACAAACUCCGGACCGUCAAAUGUUUUUUGUGAAUGGCCGACCCUGUUCGCUACCUCAGUUGGCCAAAGUGUUCAACGAAGUCUAUCGAUCAUACAACAACUCACAAUCGCCUUUCAUUUUCGCCGACGUUCAGCUAGACACCAUGCUAUAUGACGUGAAUGUCAGUCCCGAUAAACGGUCUAUUUUAUUACAUGAUCAAAACAGCUUGCUAGAUACUCUUCGUAUCUCCCUCUCACAACUUUUUGAUUCUCACGAAGACAGUAUAUCAAUUACCACGUCAGCUGAGAACGUCAAACUGCUGUCUUCUCAUAACAAGGCUACCAAAACAGAACAGCCCCGUCAAAUUUUCGGCAAAUUGGCGCCUGAAUCUUACACUGUUGCUGCAUCGGACCCCAAUUCCAGCCAUGAGAGUGGCGAGUCUAAUCCCACCGGAGAUAGCGAAGAGUCUGAGCAGGAUGAUGAGACCGUCCCAGCAUUAAGCACAAUACCAGUAAAGACAAGUCUUAUGGGCAAUAAAAUGGAGAAACAGAAUCUAGAUGAUGGCCUCGAGACAUUGACUAGAGCAAACGUAAUACGGUCUCCAGAUCCAGGAUCUUCUCGUCAAAGGUCCGAUAUUUUGGUAGACCGUACACCUCCACAUAAAGGUUCAUCAACCGCAUCUAGCUCCCAAAGCACGCCAAGCCAUGAUACUUCUUCACACGACCCCAGUUACAUCAUCCCUACGCAAAUUUCUACCUCUUCGAGCAUUAAGUCGUCUGAUAUUGCCGCGGUAGAUGUGGGCGGCCACAGCUUGGGUCAUAUUACAACAAGCCCUCCACGGAAAAUGAAUAGCUUUGCGAAGCCUACAGAUUUGGAGAACGAAUCCCCGGAGAGCGAAAAACUGCAUUUCAAAGCCUCCAUAGUUACCCAGGCAAAAAGAUCUUCAGGUCGUUCAAGCCCAUCUCAGCUAGAUCUUGAAGCUAUCGUCCAGCCAUCUCCGCAUGUACCCAAAAAAAUCAAAGAUAUACACAAUGGUGAUCUUAAGGAUCAUUCCCCGCAUGAUUUACGAUCUCUUGUAGAGAAGCGCGUCAAAUCUCAUGUUAUGCGAGCAAAUGAUGGCUCUCUAACCAAUACAAUCAGUGUGGGCGGUAUCACUACAGAACCCAAGGUUCAAGCCUCAAAACCAGCAAGGCGAAAGGAAGCUACAGCGAAUCUCAUACAGCAUUUGCGCAUUGAGAGAGAAAAAAUCCAGCUGAUGUGCACUGCGCAAACUCCUCGCCGUAACUUUCCGUCUACUUAUACAACGCAGAGUGCUUCCUCUGUAGAGCGAAUUGAUGCCAGUGAUGCGGAGUCAAAACUCCCUCUUAUUAUCGCAAAAGGAGAUUUUUCUAGGAUGAAAAUCAUCGGCCAGUUUAAUCUUGGCUUUAUUAUCGCCGUUAAACCUGCUAGACGCAUGAGCACGGAUAGCGGUGAAAAACAUGAUGAGCUUUUUAUUAUCGACCAGCAUGCCUCCGAUGAGAAGUACAACUACGAGAAGCUUCAGAAUACUACCGAAAUUCAGUCUCAACGUCUUGUUCAUCCCAUGCGGCUUAGAUUAACAGCCCUUGAAGAAGAAAUUAUACUAGAGAACUCUUCAGCGUUGAACGCAAACGGGUUUAAAGUGACUAUGGAUACGACAGGAAACUUCCCUGUAGGGUCACGGUGUCAGUUGAUGGCAUUGCCUCUGAGUCGAGAGGUCACGUUCAAAUUGGAAGACUUGGAAGAACUAAUAUCUCUCCUCGGUGAUAAAUCAGCCGAGUCUUCGUACAUUCCCCGUCCUUCCAAGGUGCAAAAGAUGCUUGCUAUGAGGGCUUGUCGAAGUAGCAUUAUGAUUGGCAAAGCCAUGACAAGAAAUCAGAUGCAUUCUCUUGUUAAUCAUAUGGGCGAGCUGGACAAGCCCUGGAAUUGUCCUCAUGGACGUCCCACGAUUCGACAUUUAAGUCGUCUGCAGACGUGGAGCGCAGUAGGGUGGAAGCAUGAUCUACAUACUGACUCGAUUGCAACUUGGCAAGACUAUCUAGAAGAAGCUAGCUAAUUAUUAUUACUAUAUAUGGUAUGCAAGAUACAGGAUGGAUCUACCUCGCCACAUAUACUAUGUAAUCGUACACUUAUUGCUACCCAAUGUGUCGUAGGAUGCUUGUUAACUGGCAACUAAGGUCGUGUAGG